CUCUAACUGCCUCGGCUGAUGAUGCCUCUGGGACUGGCAGUGGCACUCGGCGUCCUCCCACAUCUGGAUCGCAGACACUUCCAACCCAGGCUUGCUGGCAGCCCAGUCCUACACGCCUGUGACCCCUCAACAAGGUAACUAUCCAUUCACUGGGCACUUGCUUUGUCACAGCUCUGGGGCUCUCUCACAGCACCAUAAGAAGGAAAGCAGGAUUAAGAGAUACUGAGAUGCAUGUCAAGGAUGCUGAUCAGCUGCAAGAGGAGGAGGAUGGAGCAAGUGUCAAUCAGUUCAGCUUGAACAUCCAUGGUCAGCAUGCUACACAUUGGCAGUGAGACACAGGAGCCAGGCUGGCACCGGCUGCAGCAUGGAACAUGAAGCUGCACAGCUGGAGAAGCAACAUGUCCACAGCGUCUACGAGAGCACCGCUCCUUACUUUAAUGAAGUGCAAAGUAAGGCUUGGCCCAAGGUCCGUCAAUUCCUUUUGGAGCAAGAGCCUGGCAGUCUCAUUGUGGAUAUAGGUUGUGGCACUGGGAAAUACCUCAGUGUGAAUAGUGAGAUAUACAAUUUAGGCUGCGAUUACUGUAAGCCUCUAGUGGACAUUGCAAAGAAUAACAAAGUUGAAGUCAUGGUGUGUGAUAACCUCAAUUUACCCUUUAGAGACAAAUGCUUUGACACAGUGAUCUCUAUCGGAGUGAUUCAUCAUUUUUCCACUAAGCAAAGAAGAAUCCGAGCAAUAAAAGAGAUGGCAAGAAUUUUGCUUCCAGGAGGUCAAAUUAUGCUCUAUGUUUGGGCAAUGGAACAAAAGAGCCGCAGGUUUGAAAAGCAGGAUGUAUUUGUACCCUGGAACAAAGCAUUGCUGUCUCGACAACCAUCUGAAACCAACCAGUCUGAAAAUAAAGUGAACACUACUUCUAAAACGAAGCUUCACGAUGUGGCCCCAAAGCAAAUGGAUGUUUCUGAAACCAUUAAUGAAAGUAGCUUUAGGCCGACCCAUCCUUCUAAGCAAUCCAACAAUGCAAACAGUUGCACACCAGCAGAAACAUGCUGCCUAACGUUUCCUAAUGACAAAAACAGACUGUAUAGUUCUAUAGGACGUUCUCUCCGUUCAUGGUUUAUCUCUCGUUCCCUUGAUGAAUCCACAUUGAGAAGGCAAAUUGAUAAAAUGAAGUGUCUUAGCCCCGUAAGUGGGUGGACAAGUGGCACCAUAUCUAUUCAGCCUUCAAGGCACUGUAGCCUCGACCUUGGUCAUCAGAGAUUGUUAUUAAAAGAGCACAAUGUAGACGAUGAUGAUGUAUUUCUGAAAAAUGAAUCACAAGGAAAAUCUGAGUGGGUGAUAGCCUUAAACACAACGCAACAUGAAAAUGGAAGAACGUGUGGACUGGUUCCAGACGGUGCAGAACAGACUCCGUUUCCUGAUGAAGCUAGGUACUGCACUUGUAUAUGCAGCAAUGAAAAAGACAACACAAAACAAAACAAAAUAUUAAAAAGAACUUCGACUACAGAGUCAAAUGAAUCUGUUUUAGAUGAAACUGUAGCAGCUAAUGAUCAGGAAACGUAUAAUUUUGACUCAGAAGCAUACAUGAGAUAUUAUCACGUGUUUCGUGAAGGAGAACUCAGCAACCUUAUAGAAACGGACGUGCCAGAACUUCGAGUUAUUAGUUCAUGUUUCGACCAUGGAAAUUGGUGCAUAAUUGCACAAAAGAAUUAAUUCCUUUUCCUCCCUCGUGUUUAAUGUGUUGUAACUUGAAAAGCAAAAAGUACCUCGAGGUAACAAAGAAGAAAUGCAAUACCUUUGUUUAGAAGUGUAUAUUUAUUUUUUUAUUUAUGAAGAGAUUGACAUAUAGUUUUUGUUAUUUAUUUAAAAAUGUGUUACAUUGGGUUCCGUGUAUAAACUUGAAAGUACUUGACAAAAAAAAUAAGAAAUCAGGCUAUUGCUGUAUAAGGAAGAGUAUUAUAACAUGGUUACACACAGCUUUGUUAUGCAAAACAAGGACAUGGAUUCCCUGUCGCAACAUAAAACAAAUACUUAUAUUGAAGGAACAGGUUGAGAUAACCUGUGAUUUAUAUUUUCUUUUACGUAUAGAUUUAAAGGAUACAUUUUUUUAUUGCAGUUUGUUUAUGAUAUUUAUGAUAUUUUUUUUAUCAGAAAUUAAGAAUCAUAGCAAUACUAUUUGCCAUCUUAUGAUAGUAUAUCUAAAACAUGGAUAUAGUACUUUUGGGAUAGUCAAUUGGGAUAGAACAGUUUUAGUUAUAUCAACAGCCGUUCAUGACCUUUAUUGUCUGACAGGUUUAGUAGGGGAGUGUAAUAUUUGUUCCUCCUUUGUAUAUAAAUAUAUUGGCAAUUAUCUAUAAAUAGUGUUUUGUUCGGAAAAAGUGCUUCAAACUACUAAAAGUGGAGCAAUCACCAUGGAAGCCAGUGGAACCAGCAAGCACAUUCCAUUGGCGAUUCCUCUUUAUUUUUACAUCUUUGCAGCAUUUUAAGAACACAACACUUUUUACAUGUAACCCCUAUGUACUUUUCCUGAUAGAUCUUGCUGCUAUAACAUACCAGGUAAACCUUUUUUUACAGGUUUUUUUUUUUAUUCUACAGUAUGUGAGAAUGCUUUAGAUAUUGCAGUCCUUCUACACCGCACAGGUAACACCACUGAGGGGCACUGUCAGCUUCUGAAGGACAUAGUGGAACUCUAUCAUAUCUAUGUACAGUGUUUUCAUGGUCUCCAUGACACAUAUCUAAAUGUCGCAUUUCCCUUUUUAUUCAUCAUUUUAAACCUUUCUGAUGUUUCUCUCAUCAUUUCCGUUUUGCUUUCUUGAUAUUUAGGUUGUAUUCAGUAAAACACAGAAUUGUAAUUAAAUUAAAAUUGAUUUGCAAAAAAAUGGGAAAGUAGCUUAUUUGGAACCCUCCACCCAACUGCAAGGCAGUUAUAUAGUCAAAUCUUGGGUAUUUUAGCCCAAAUGUUUCAAAAUGGUUUUCAAUUCACUGAAAUUUUGUUAAUUUAACCAGUUUGUGUUUUCCAUACUAAAUUCCUCUCUACCCACGCCCCUCAUGAAUAGCCACAUUCUAUCCUGCUCAUUUCAACCUUCAUUUGUAUCACAUAUAUCUGCUGCCCUGAAUAUAUCACCCAAUCUGUAUAAGUUUAUACUCUAUGGGGCUUAUUUAUCAAACAGGUUUAUUUACUAAAGUGAAAAUUCAAAGUAAAUUGAAAGUGAAUUUCCAAUUUAGGGUCAAAAUAGUCACGUUUAAUUCUCACUUCUGUGAAUGAACCUGCAAUUCUUCUGAAGAGCGAUGGGAAAAUUAUUUUAAUCACAUUUAUUAAAAUGUUCUGCAAAUAAUUUAAAAAAGGAAUGUUUUUUAACUACUAAAUUCCGCCAGUUUUCACAGACAUUUUCGUUUCAAAAGACCGACAAAAAAAAAAAAGGCAAGCGAAAAGGCAGGAAAAAGAACAUUUGUUAAAAGAUUAAUAAAUCCAUUGUGAUGCUGAAAAUGGUGUACAUUCGAAACUGGUGUACAUUCAAAACUGGUGUGCAUUCAAAACUGGUGUGCAUUCAAAAAUUGUGUACAUUGAAAAGAAGCUUCAGAUGAAAGCUUGUGUUGCUGAAAAUGGUGUGCAUUUAUAAAUGGUGUACAUUCAAUAGAAGCUUCAGAUGAAAAAAAGUGUACUUUGAUAAAUCUCCCCAUACAGUUUACCUUCCGCAUCUUUUCCU